AUGACGGACAAGUCGACUCCCAUCUCCGUCACAGCCCUGCCCCUGCCCCGACUGGCUCGCACCCACCCUGCUCCUCAUCUGUCGCACCUCGUUACUUCAUCGUAUGCACCCCCGAAAGGACCCAAGGACCGGCUGAUCGAAUCCAACCUGCUCAUACUGCUCCACGGGUUAGGUCAGUAACGUGCACUUCGCGCUGAUCAGUCGCACCUCUGCUGACCCUCCUCCCUUCCGCUCUCUCCCUACCCGGCGCUAGGCGACUCGCACACCCCCUUGUUCAAACUCGGCCAAUCGCUGUCCCUACCUCAAACGGCGGUCCUCUCGAUCCGAGCACCCCUGCGCGUCCCACUCUUGGAAGAAGAAGCAUGGCAAUGGUGGCCUUCCUUCGAUGCACUCGGCGAAGGUCUGUACCCCACGAUCGAGACGAGUUCAUACGCUCCUUGUCGGAGAAAGAGAUAAGAAAUCUCGUCCGUCGGCUCGCUCACACGAUCCACAUGACCCCACAGUGAUCCCGAACCCCAACCCGACCGCGACUCUCCAAAUCCUAACCCAAGUCCUCGGCCACCUCCUUACGACCUGCAACUGGCACCCGUCCCAAGUGCACUUCUUUGGCAACUCCCAAGGCGCGACCUGCGCCGCCGAACUCAUACUCCAAUACUCCAACCCCACCUUCCCCUCCCCCAUCACCUUCGGGUCCCUCAUUUCCAUCUCCGGCCCCCUCCUCUCCUUCCUUACAAAACCGGCGAAGAACUCAACCAAGGUUUUGCUCGUGUCUCGCAAAACGCAAGAAUCCGCUCUGGCGCUCCCGAAUUGGAAGAAAGGGUUCGAAAAGAUCGAUUCCCAUGUCCUACCUCUGCAUCCUAGCCCGAUGCCGACCAACGACAAGGAGUGGUUCGGGAUCAUAAAGUCAGUUCCUCAUUGAAUCUCCAAUGCUUCUGUCUCGGACCUCUGAUCAUGCACUGACACCGUCCAGGUUCUGGUCUCAAGUCUUACUUCGGCGAUCACCGAUGGAAUUCGAGAAGGACGUCUACGCCGUCUCAAGCGAUAGCGUACCCGGAGACGCCACUCGACCAUCUAAACCCUGA